CCUUCACUCAAACGAGCACACGAUCACCUCUGCCUACCUACCUUCCCGCCUACUCAUUCAGUCAGCCUCGAGCAAUACCCGAUUGCUUGGUCGUCGUGGAUCGUGGAGAGACAACAAGCUUUUUGUGAUAUACUGAUAGACUGCGAUCGCAUAUCAACGAGCCACCAGGCUCACAUCCUCGACUGAACAGCCAUAGCCAUGUCCUCACCCUUCUCAAUAAACGGCGGCGCCUGCGUAGCCAUGCGCGGCAAGAACUGCGUCGCCAUCGCCUGCGAUCUCCGCCUCGGCCUCCAAUCCCUCACCGUCUCCAACAACUUCCCCAAGAUCUUCCAAUACUCGCCCACUGCCUUCCUCGGUCUCACGGGACUAGCAACAGACGUCAGCACCGUCAGCGAGCUGUUCAGGUAUAAGGUGAACAUGUACCGGUUACGAGAAGAACGGGAUAUCGCCCCCAAGACGUUCGCGCAGCUGGUGAGCAGUAGUCUGUACGAGCGGAGGUUUGGGCCGUGGUUUGUCAGUCCGGUGGUGGCGGGGAUUGAUGGGAAGAGUGGGGCGCCUUUCAUCUGCGGAUUCGACAGCAUAGGCUGCAUCGACUACGCUGCCGACUUCAUCGUCUCCGGCACUGCGUCGGACCAACUCUUCGGCACAUGCGAAGGUCUCUGGGAACCGGACCUUGAGCCCGACGACCUCUUCGAGACCAUCUCGCAGGCGCUGCUCAACGCUGUCGACCGCGAUGCGCUGUCGGGUUGGGGCGCGCAUGUCUACAUUAUCGAGAAGGAUAAGGUCACUAAGCGGUUAUUGAAGGGCAGGCAAGACUAAGGCGAUGCAACCUAUGAGGUACUGGGGUGACAUGUAUGAUAUGCUUACAGCGAGCUCUCCGAGCUGGUGAGCAUAGCGCCGGCGUUUGAGAGGCGCUGUAUGAAGAUCUGAUGAUGGCAACCAACGGCUCCAGGUCGCCCAAGGUCAUUUGUAGUUUACCGAAAGCUUCAACAGAAAUACGCUAGAUCAGCAAUUCUCAGACCGUUGCUAUCACAGGACACACGUUUACCAAGGCCUGCGAGAGAGCGUCCUACCAUGCA